GCGUGGAUACUUUGUUUUUGACAAGCCAUUUACCAUUUCCGCCGAUCACUUGGAUUGGAGGACUCGUUCAUUUGAAGCGAGAAAAAAGCGAGAGAUGAAGAAGAAAACGGUAAGGAUGAGUAUCGAUGGUUAUUGCAAGUAUCUAAUCAUCCAGGCCUUUUUUCCUUUUUUUUUUGGUGCACGAUCUGUAAGACAGACAAGGGGAAAGCUGCUGCGAAGAUGGAAAGAACGCUUGCGAAGCAUUCAAUGUCAAAUGCGUUAUCCGUUGCUAAAGUGCUUGAAAAUCACAAGGUACCACAUCAUACAAAUGCUGUAUUGAGACUUCUGCUUACUGACUUGGAUUUGUAUUAGAUGGCGCAAUCAGCGAGGGAUGAUUUGCGAGCAUUUUAUCACUCCUCCGCCGAACGCAAACUGAAGAGAUUCAUUCGACUUCAAACGACACGUAGAUACACGAAGACUGUGCAAGAAGAAAGCAGCUAUAUUGUUGGCCAACAGAGUGGAUACGAUUUGCAAGGCAUCAAAAAGCUACCCGUUCGUAUGAUUGACGUUAUGGGAACGGGUGUUGGUCCACGAAUCGGUGGACAUGCUCGUUGCGGUGGCAAGUGGCACAAAAAGCUGGCCUCCAGGUACAACCCAGUGACAAUGACGAACGAACAUCAAACAAGCCAGCGAUGCGUUUUCUGCUAUCAAAAAAUAGUCCACCCCAAGAAAACGUUCAUCAAAGACGGAAAACAAGUCCAACGAACUGUCAAUGGGUCUGCCACCUGUAUCAAUAGUAAAUGCAUCGCACGACUCAACGGUUUCUCCACUUUUCCUCGCGAUGCCAUGUCGGCGGUAGCAAUAUGCCUGGCAGGACGAACAACGAUGGAAUUCGGAAGACCACUCGCGACUUUCGAUCCAUCUCGCACAAAAGAAAUCAGCCAAUCCUAUGCUGAAGCUCAAGAAGCACUUGAAACCCGGCCCAAUGUGCAAAGAUUGCGGCCUGAGGGCACCCAUGGUUAAUGGGACAACUCCAACUUGCACAGCUUGGGGUAUCAUAUACUUGAAUUUAUAGCAGCCAAGAACACCUUGUUCGUCUUUUUUACACUCACGGUGUACAACAC